GGUACUCAGAGCACCUGCACUUCCAGAGGAUCAGCCCGGCCAGAGUGACACAACUCUUCCUUCCCCAGCACAGACGGCAGAUCGCAAUCAGCCCAGCAAGUCCACAGCAGCGUCCACUCCCAGGUCAUCUUUAAAAAGGACAACAUCUUAUUUUAUUGUUCAAGAAAGAAGUGACCUUGUGUGUACAGGGAAACAAUGUUCUUAUGGGUGUUAGCCCUCCUCGUCCUUUGCGGUUUUCUAUGGAACUAUACUAGUAAAAGACAACCAAAGAUUGUAGACAUCACCGAUAAGUACAUUUUCAUUACGGGGUGUGACUCGGGCUUUGGAAGUUUGGCGGCCAGGACUUUUGACAAAAAAGGAUUUCGCGUGAUUGCUGCCUGUCUGACUGAAGCGGGAUCGACAGCGUUGAAGGCGGAAACCUCCGAGCGGCUUCACACUGUGCUUCUGGACGUGACGGACCCAGAGAACGUCAAGAGGACUGCCCAGUGGGUGAAAGGCCACGUUGGGGAAAAAGGGCUCUGGGGUCUGAUCAAUAAUGCUGGUGUUCUCGGCGUGCUGGCUCCAACCGACUGGCUGACAGUGAAGGACUACAGGGAACCCGUAGAAGUGAACCUGUUCGGACUCAUCGACGUGACCUUAAAUAUGCUUCCCUUGGUCAAAAAAGCUCGAGGGAGGGUCAUCAAUGUCUCCAGCAUUGGGGGUCGUCUUGCAUUUGGUGGAGGAGGCUAUACACCAUCCAAAUACGCAGUAGAAGCCUUCAAUGACAGCUUAAGGCGGGACAUGAAAGCUUUUGGUGUGCACGUCUCUUGCAUCGAACCAGGAUUAUUCAAAACAGAAUUAUCAGAUCCAGUAAAGACUGCUGAGAAGAAAUUUGCCAUUUGGAAGGACCUGUCUCCAGAUAUCAAACACCAAUACGGAGAAGGUUACAUUGAAAAAUGUAUGGACAAACUGAAGGGUACUGUAUCCUUUGUGAACGUGGACCUCUCCCUGGUGGUGGAGUGCAUGGACCAUGCUCUCACAAGUCUCUUCCCUAAGACCCGUUAUGCUGCUGGAAAAGAUGCCAAGACUUUCUGGAUACCUCUGUCUCACAUGCCAACAGUGUUGCAAGACUUUUUAUUGUUGAAACAGAAAGUAGAGCUGGCUAAUCCCAAGGCAGUGUGACUCAGCUAACCACAAAUGUCUGCUGCAGGCUAUGAGUUUGGCUGAUAUCAAGGACAUACCUCCUUUUAAAUUUUAUUCCUUACCUAAUCCAACCUGGACUCAUUUAGAUCAUGCUUCUUUUGAUAAAUGAAGAGAUCCCACCAUCCCUGGUGAUGUCCCAGAGUCCCUUCUCAAGCCUUCCUUGAAAAGAAGGGCAGGGAUGGUAUAUCACAAAGAAGGGCAGGAAUGGUACCUCCCCAAUAUUUAGGCUUUGCCUGUUUUGUCUGAUGUAAGAGAAAUUAAAAGGUUUCCCCAUCCACAAUGAUCUCUACCACAGCUUAACCCAUACUCCCCACUCCCAUUCCUGAAUGUUUAAUAUAUGUCCCUUAUCAAAAUGUUCAGCGAUAAGGAGACUGCUUUCGUAAGAUAUGUACACAUAUAAUACCUUAAUAAAAAAAUUGGAAAAAAAAUAAAAAUAAAUAAAAAAUUUAAAAAAAAGAAGACUGCUUUCGUAAGUGGGUUAGAUGUGUUCUGUUAUCUUACAGAGAAUAAGACUCUGAAGGACUGGAACUCAGUUCUGUAAGCUUUGAUGGGGCAGGAGAAGAAGGGUUAGGAAGUGUUAUGUGACUGGUAUAAGCUAAAGGGCAGUAAACAAACACUAGGGAGGACUGGAAGUAGGAGGGAAGGAAAAGGAAUAGAGGACUGAAAAACAGAAAUGGGUAUAAAAGUGGAGGCAGGGAGAUUCCAAGGCAAGCCUUCCUAUCCUAGAGGGGACUAGGGAGGAUGAACAGCCCAUUCAAGGCCACUGUGAGCACCGAUGCACACACAGCUGUCUGGAAGAGAAGUGGUAACAACAGAGUAACCAACCAUUCCAAAAAGAACAAAAAUGUAGGGAAUAUGUAUGUUUAUUCUGGUGAUUGUAAAUAGAACAAGACUAAAGAUACCUGAUGUAAUUUACAUCUGAGGUGGUUGGAAAUCUGCAUUUGAAUGGUCUCUGAAGCCCCAUGAAGAUAUAGAACUAAGUUAAUGACUCUUUUUACAGCUAUACUGUGAGCAGCUCUGCUCCUUGCUCAUAUUUAUGGUUCCAAAUUGGAUUGGCCCUAGACCCACACACCAUCCAAAAAAAUGGUUCUCUAAAUGGAUGCUUCCCCAGAUUCUAAUAUCCAUAUCACUCACAAAGUUUUGCUGAACAUUUACAUAGAAAU